CCAUGUUCAAGUCUCCAACACAUCACCAUCACACCCAUCUACCUCGGAAUACCUACCUACCUACCUACCUCCCUCACCUACCUAAGCUCCCAAGAUACCCAGAGGCAAACACGCGAGGGUCAGGAAGUGUGAUGCGAUCCUGCAGUGGUCUCAACUCUUUUCGACCGGUCUACUUUUCCACCAAACACCAAUGCUCGUCUGCUAAACGCUGGCCUCUCUAUGCGUAUGCCCCCGUAUACUUCGCGUCCCGUUCAACAACCUCUCGAAUCAUUGGCAAUGCAACACUGGCCUCAACUCCGGGUUAUACCCCUCACUCACCGGGGCCAAUCGCCGGGCCACGAGAGAGAUACCGAGAUGGCGACGACUCCAACGACAUGACACGGAGCGCUCGUUACUGGCUAUCCACCGCGAACGAGGGCAGGGUCUGUCCACCUCACAGGCUCAUUGUCCGUCCGGCUUCUGCUUGUUAAGCACACAAGUUUUCCACGGCCACUACGCCGCCAAACCCCUGGUCUCCUCCUCCAGAAACCCCCGCCAGAGAUCUCCGUUUAUUUCCGGGUUCUAAGCGGGACAAUGAUCAGGGGUAUCAUCUGGGUACGGAGUACGGAGUACUGCGCAGGCAUGUGGCCGAC